AUGGAUGCAGACCGACAAGACUCGAUGCAGUCUUCUUUGGAGCAAGAAAGCACUUCGUCCUCGACACUCGAGGAGCCAAAGAAACCCGUUCGUUCGUUCACGUCCUUCAUCAAAACCGUGCCGCCUCAUCCAACAUCACCGGAAAAGUCCUCGCCAGCUUCGUCAGCACUCACAACGACACAGAAGACGCCCCCACUCACCUCACGAGCUCCUCCUCCUUUGAAGAAGAACUCUAGUGCUGGAUCCUGGAAUGCCCCUACGGAUUGGUAUAACCAAACAGAUGCUCCUCAAAGCUCGCUGAACCGAGAAUAUUCGCCACUUCUCCCGGAACCAUCCCCCGACCAACCUGGCAUGGCUGUUCAACCCAAACCAUACCACCCCGCGCCCUUGCCCUCACCAAUUUCUCGACUCAAGCCCAUUUAUGAGCGUAAAAACAGUCAUGAUUUAGCUCCACCCACCAGCCCACCUCGGUCGCCGCUCCCAGCUCCUCCCGUGUGGACGUUGAAUGGGAGGACGAAAGAAAACCCGCUCUUGUCAAAAGUUCCAGGACCAGCUUCUGGCCAGAUCAAGAGUGAAUCCGAUCUUCGAUUUCGCAACGGCUCUUCACCAAGUUCUGCACACACAUCUAUAGUUUCCAAUGCUUCGACAAAGGAAAAAGCAUUUGCAUCGUUGGGGAUUAACUCACCUACUCAGCAAAGUGCAGUGCUGGCGAACUCCUCUCCCAAUUCUACACAGAGUAAGCUGGCAGAGUCUACGCAGCCCGAUAGACAUGAUGGUCGUGGCAAAAAGAUGAUUACUUUCAAUCAAGGAGAUGUUUUGGCUGACGACAACUGGGAAGAUAUGGAGAUGAAUGAUAAGAUGCGGUUACUGAGCUUCUCUCAAGACUAUCACAAUUUACUCACGAGCGAAUAUCGCGAUACGAGACUCGAGGGGCAGGCUCAUGAACUGGAACGUAAACCCAAAGUUCCGCCAAAGGAUCACGAGCUGGUUCCCCAGCCUCUUACAUGGAGAAAAUCAGCAUCAGGGCAAGGCUCUCCCCAGGACAAGUCUCCGCGGACUCAAUCGCGGGAAAGCUCCCGCAGACAACCAUUGGAUGCAAACAAACACAAACACAGAAGAAUCCCGUCAUGGGUACCACGACGUCUUAGUGUUGGCCAAAUGCAUAUCCCACCGUCCGCUGGAGGACAAAGCUCUCCGCCCGCGUCGACUCACGCAGAAACUCCAAAGCGCUCAAAGCACAUUCCCGAAGCCGAAGUCGAUAAAGCGCUUAAGAAUGAACUGCGAUUAUCCACAAUCUUUUCUUCCAGUAAACAUCUUCGGUUUCGCAAAAAGUCAAGGGAUGACACGAUCAAACCGUCGUCCCCAAGCAGAUCAGCAUCACUCACCACAUCCCCUACUCACAUCACAAGCAAAGCAGAGCCAACACCACUCCUACGUCUACCAGGAGGCCUCGCUAUAGUCCGCAAUUCACCCUCCCCAGCAGUCCAGUCAACGAACCUCGAGAAUCCAGGUUACUCUUCUCCUUCACCCAUCAACUCCUACUCCAAUUCCCACCCAGGCAGCGAAUUGUCCUCGAGAACUCAUUCAAAUAACCGCUCCUCUCUCAUCGCCAGCCACCGCCACUCCCACUCGCCUACCACGUCCGCCAACAAACCUAACAUCUUCCGCCACUCCAGCGGCUCCUCGUACUCCCAAACCUCCAGUACCUCGCAUCCGCUUGCGACCGCCAUUUCAGCCCCUUACGCUAUCCCUCCCCCGCCGCCGCCGCCACCACCUCCUCCACCCUCUUCAACUUUCCACGACGCUCCGCUAUCCCCCGAAACAUGGGCUCGUCUAAAACCCAUCAACGUACCCCCCGAGCUAUCAUAUCCUCUCCGCUCACAGUCUCAAUCCCCGCGUGACCACUACAACAACACAUCUACUUCUCUCUUUCCUCACACAUUGUCCUGGCAAACGUACUACAGCAACCACCGCAACGAUCUCGUCCCUGGCUUCGUGAGCAAAGCCCGGGAUGCGCGACGUCGCCAUUAUAAGAGGCAGAGGCAGGAGAAGCUGAAAAAGAGCAUCAAGGUGCUUGGACCCACGGAUCCGAGUGUGGUUAGCGGGUAUGUGAGGGAUGGUGGUGGAAGUAGUGGGGAAUUUGGCAUGGAUGGGUGGGCGGAUUGGGAUGUUGGGAUCGGGGCUGGGACUGGGGUGGGGAUUGGGAUGGAUGAGGGUGGGAGUGGAGAGUUGGGCGAGGAAGAGGAAGAGGAAGGUGAGGGAGUUGGAAGUGAGUAUGGAGAUGGGCGGGUUGAGGGGAGGAUACCGGGGUAUAUGGCUGGUUGAUGGGGAUGUUGGUGUCUGAAUUUUGAGUUGAUUUCUCGUCUUGGCUACAACUGUUUAAAUAUAGAGUAGGUCACCUCGGCAUCUGAGAGCGUGGCUGAACCAUGGUCUCGAAUAGCUCUUUCUCUACAUUUUAUUUGUGGAUUUGGGACUGCUGUAAGCGAGUGAAUGUCAAUUAUUUUUACUGUUUUUCUAGGUACUGUGUAGCUCAUAGCUAGGACUGAAACAUUCCUGUCAUUUGU